GGCACACUCGUUGCAAUCGUUCUCGUUCUUACACCCACUUCUCAAUUCUUUUAGCCAUGCAAGCUUCUACUUCUCGACACAUAAUCACAACACCAGCUCCACGCAGUUGGUCUCAAAUAUGUUCACCCACCUGCAAAAUACUCAUCAACCCUCCACAGAAGACCCUCCCCAAGAUCAUUUACCCACCCUCAGCCCCGCCGCGGCUGCCACUGGAGACACCGCUGCUGCUGCCGCCCGUGACCACCCGUCGGCAACCACUGCUGACCCCGCUGAAGAAAACGAAUGACCCACAGAGCUUGAACCCGUUCCAGAGGGUCGUGGCCUCGGCGCUGGACACGCUGGAGGCCUCGCUGUUGGUGCCCUUCGAGAAGCAGCACGAACUGCCCAGAACGGUGGACCCGGCGGUUCAGUUGGCCGGGAACUUCGCUCCGGUCCAAGAGUGUCCGGUUCAUCACGACUUGGAAGUGGUGGGCCAGAUACCCUCUUGCCUACGUGGCGCCUACCUGCGUAACGGCGCGAAUCCCCUGUUCCUGCCACGCGGCGGCCACCAUUUGUUCGAUGGCGACGGCAUGAUCCAUGCCGUCACGCUCGGCUCGGGCAACAGCGCCAGCUACAGCUGCAGGUAUACCCGGACGAGCCGGCUCGAGCAGGAGGCUGCGCUCGGCCGGCCUGUGUUCCCCAAGCCGAUCGGGGAGCUGCAUGGCCACUCAGGCCUGGCACGGGUGGCGCUGUACGCGGCCCGGGUCGGGCUUGGCCUCAUCGACGGCUCGGCUGGCUCUGGGGUCGCCAACGCGGGGCUCGUCUGCUUCAAUGGCCGCCUGCUGGCCAUGUCGGAGGACGACCUCCCGUACCAUGUGCGGAUCGAUGGCAGCGGCGACCUCGAGACUGUCGGGCGGUUCGACUUCGGCGGCCAGCUCCGCUGCCCCAUGAUAGCCCACCCCAAGGUGGACCCCGCCACGGGGGAGCUCCACGCGCUGAGCUAUGACGUCGUAAAGCGUCCCUACUUGAAAUAUUUCAAAUUCGAUAAGACGGGAAAGAAAACAUCCGACGUGGACAUAACCCUCCAGCAGCCCACCAUGAUCCACGACUUUGCGAUCACCGAGAACGACGUCGUGAUCCCGGACCACCAGGUGGUGUUCCGGCUGUCCGAGAUGCUCCAGGGCGGGUCACCGGUCCUCUACGACAAGAAGAAGAUGUCGCGGUUCGGGAUCAUGCCGAAGGAUGCCGCUGACGAGUCGGGCAUCCGGUGGUACGACGUGCCGGAUUGCUUCUGCUUCCACCUGUGGAACGCUUGGGAGGAGAGGGACGGCGAUGGAAACAAGGUCGUGACCAUUCUCGGGUCGUGUAUGGACCCGCCCGACUCCAUCUUCAAUGAGCACAGUGGCGAAGGUGAGCGGCCUCUGCGGAGCGAGCUCUCGGAGAUCCGGAUCAACACGAGGACCGGGCACUGCACGAGGCGGGUCGUGGUAGCGGGGACGAACCUGGAGGCGGGUCAGGUGGCCAGGCAUCUCCUGGGGAGGAGGACGAGGUACGCGUACUUGGCCAUAGCCGAGCCAUGGCCCAAGUGCGGCGGGAUGGCCAAGGUCGACCUGUCGGCCGGCGAAGUGAGCAGAUUUUUGUACGGGCAGGGGAGGUUCGGAGGCGAGCCGUGUUACGUGGCUGAGGAGGAGGAGGAGGAAGACGACGGAGGCGGGUACUUGAUGAGCUUCGUGAGGGACGAGGAGAGGGAGAGGUCGGAGCUGGUGAUCGUGAGGGCUUCGGACAUGGAGCAGGUGGCGACGGUGAGGCUGCCGUCGCGAGUGCCGUACGGGUUUCACGGCACGUUCGUAAGGUUCCAGGAUUUGAUGGAGCAGGUGUCGGAUUCUUGACGUUCUCUGACUUUCUUGUUUCAAAAAAUAUUUAUUAUAUAUAUUUUAUUUUUAGGGGACUUGGAGGAUGUAAAUGUAAUAUCGUUUGCUCGCGAGGGAGACAAGUUCCCUCGCGAAGGUAACGCUGUGAAAAUCUGUGCAGCUUAGUUUU